CCGUUGCUAAGAUACGCCCAAGAUUGACAGCGUUCCUGGUUUCCGGUUCCCUCCGCUCUGCGCAGAAGGUUGCUAGUCACAGGAGCCACAAUGGCGUUUGUAGUCUCCUUCAGAUAGGGCUGUGGAUGAUACUAAAAUCCACUAGCAUCGCCCUAAAUAUAGGCCUGGUUGAUUCCCAGAGCCAUUGAUAAUAAACUGGAACAUCUACUGCACACGAAAAUACUAUGAUUUCUAAUCAUUAUUGACUUUAUAGGGGAUAAAAACUUACAUAAACAUGUAAACAGUACCAACCGGGUCAAGUUUUCAAAUUUUGUUCCGAGAAACGAGCGUCCUUUUUAAAAAUGAAGGCGUUUUUAGCUUGUUUCUGAAUGCUAAAAAGACCGCAAUUCUGUGGAAUAAAAGUUAACUUGGCACCGGACAAGGACACCUUUUCACAAAAAGGGGACUUUUUCUUUUUUUUGUACGAGUCAGCCCCGCUAACCGCCGAGCUUCAGCUAGCUAGCUAGCUUAAACAUUGAGCCGGAGACGACACCACAAUGCUCCGAUGUUUGGUUGGAAUCAUUGACUAAGUCAGUGUACAUACUUUAAAGGCACUGGGGAAACAACCUUGGGCAUUUUUUGUUCCUGCUUUUGACGAACUAAUGGUGAUCUACCAUGGAAUGAAUUGAAGGAGGAGAAACUGGACGUGAGCGGCCUUGGUUGUGUUUAUUUUGUGUUAUUCUCUUUCUGCUUAGUAACACUUUAGUUUUGGGAGUACUGCUUCUCCUGUGAAUGACUUGCCUGGACCACCAGAGAGGCCCAGUUGCAGGAGGAGAGGUACCGGCGUGAGGAGGAGGAGGUGGAGGAGGAGAUGCCUGGGUCGGACCGACACCAUGGGACCAAGAGGAAGCCGGAAUCUAGCGGUGUGGCACACCAGACCCAGACCCAGGCCUCUGCGACUCCCAAGGCGACAAGCAGAGCAACAGGCAACAAGGUGCAGUUAAAACAUUCAAUGUCUUCUUCUUCGAAACGCAAACGGCAUAAAUCAGCUAAACAUUUCCGAGGAGCAGCACCGGGACCGGGAGAUUAUAACACCGAUGCUGCUGCGCCACCUGGCGUCAACGCGGUGAAGCCUCUGGUGGAGUACGAUGAUAUCAGCUCCGACUCGGACACUUUCUCAGACCCGCCGUCCUCCAGGCCUUCAGAGAGAGGAGGCGCCGGCGGGGACCGACUGGAGCCUCCGUCACCUGACUACGAUAGGGACGAUAUCGGUAGAGAAGAAGGAGAGGAAGAAGAAGAAGUUGUUAAAGGGAACAGGGGGCACAGACACUCCCGGAAAAAGCCCAAGGACCCUAAUAAAGUUAGAGACCCCGGUAAUGGAGAACGUGGGUACAAGAAGAAGAGCAGCAAAGACCGCGAGAAGAUUUCUGGGAAGAGCAGGGAGAAAGCUGCCUCCUCCUCCUCUUCAGGCUUCUCAUCCAAACGCCAGCUCCAAGCAGAGGGUGGUGAGUCUAAGCUCAUGCUCUCCACCCAGCUGCAGCCUGCAGCCAGCGUAGGCAGCACCACGUCCUCCACAUCUUCAUCUCGGAGCAAGGAGAGCGGUGGGAAGUCAGGGAAGUCUCGCAAAGACAAGCAGCAGAGGAGAGAGGCCCGAGGAGAGGGAGGCAGCAGCCGCACCCCCUCCUCCCAGAGGAACCGAGCAGAUAGAGCCCACCACCGCAAGUCCACCAAGAGCCACAAGGCGACCCUUAAAGGCAAGUCUUCGAGUAGUAGAGGUAGCCCUCGCAGGAAGGCAACAAGCUCUGCUGCUCUCUCGCCAAGUCCUAGAAGAGUGGCUGGAAGCGAGAGUCCACAAGGCAGUGGGUAUGGGCAGCAGCAGCAGCAGGUGGAUGACGGCUACUCCACCAGGCGGAGGGUGGCCCAGCACCAGCAGAGCCCCGGUCCUUACGGGGAUAUGUCCCGCCGCAGCAGGCAGAGAUCAGAAAGCCCCUACGGCAGCAGACACAGGUCCUCCAGCUACGAGAGAGACAGCAGCCCGUACUCAAGGAGACGAUCCAUCAGCCCCUAUGGGACCCGCAGGUCCUCCAGCACCAGUCCCAUGUCUCGACGCUCUGGCCGCUCCAGGAGCCGCUCCCCCAUGCACUACUCGUCUUCUCGCCGCUCCUCCUCUCGUUCCCGUAACAAGAGGCAUACUUCCUCCGUUGCAGCGGCGGCCAGCUCCCACAGCAGCCGGCCAGCUAGCCGCUCUCCUCCCUCCUCUCGCCUGCCGCCAACCUCCAGCCUGGGAGCAGAGCUGAGCCGCAGGAAGAAGGAACGGCAGGCUGCUGAGGCGGCUGCCCGUGCUAGUGGUGGUGGUGUUUCCACCCCUCCGCCGGCGCCUCCACCGGCACCAACACCUGCCCCGGCACUAGCACGUAAAUCUGCUGGCUCCUCCUCCUUACGACCCACUAAACCCGCGACUCCCCAGCCAGAAAUAGACUCGGCAGAAGCAGAAGAACCUCUGCCCCCACCACCCGCACCAUUACCCCAGGAUGCUCCCAGUGCUGAAAAUGAGGUUACUGCACCUCUACCUUCCCCUUCCACCUCCUCUCCUGCUCCUCCUGAGCCCUCUCCUCCUGAACCACCCGCUCCAGCCACCCAGGUUCCACCGCCGCCGCCUCAGGCUGAAACAAGUGUUCAGCCUCCCAGUGUUCAGCUUCCUACACCCCCAACCACAUCCCAGGCCAAAUCGCCAGCUCCGGUUCCUGCACGCAGCCCUCUCCGCCAGGUCCCGUUCCACAAGACGUCGACUCUGCCUCUCCUGCCUUUACCGCCUGCUCUGCUGGGAAACGCUCAGGACAGUCCAAAGAAGUCCACCCCUCCUCAGAGGCUAUCUAGGAAAGAGAAGGAAGUUCGGAGCCGGCCGUCACUCAUUGACCUUCCUUUACCGCCCACCCUGACUGGAGGUGACUCCUCACCCCCACAGUUCGCCAUCCACCAGGCCCCUCCGCUACCCCAGACAGUCCUUAAGAAGAGACCAAAGAUUUGCUGUCCGCGAUAUGGUGAGCGCAAACAUACCGUGAGCGACUGGGGCAAACGCUGUGUAGAUAAAUUCGACAUCAUUGGCAUCAUAGGGGAAGGCACCUACGGCCAAGUGUACAAGGCCAAGGACAAAGACACUGGUGAACUGGUGGCUUUGAAGAAAGUGCGUUUGGACAAUGAAAAGGAGGGUUUUCCCAUCACAGCCAUUAGAGAGAUCAAGAUCUUGCGGCAGCUCAAGCACCGCAGUGUUGUCAACAUGAAGGAGAUCGUCACCGACAAGCAGGAUGCACUUGACUUUAAAAAGGACAAAGGUGCUUUUUAUCUGGUGUUUGAGUACAUGGACCACGACCUGAUGGGCCUGCUGGAGUCGGGCCUGGUCCAGUUCUCCCAUGAGCACGUCCGCAGCUUCAUGCGCCAGCUGAUGGAGGGUCUGGACUACUGCCAUAAGAACAACUUCCUGCACAGAGACAUCAAAUGCUCCAACAUACUGCUCAACAACAGAGGUCAGAUCAAACUGGCUGACUUCGGUUUGGCCCGGCUUUACAAUUCAGAGGAAAGUAGGCCGUACACUAAUAAAGUAAUCACACUAUGGUACCGCCCCCCUGAACUUCUGCUGGGAGAGGAGAGAUACUCUCCAGCCAUUGAUGUAUGGAGCUGUGGGUGUAUUCUGGGGGAGCUCUUUACCAAGAAGCCCAUCUUCCAGGCGAACCAGGAGCUUCUACAGCUGGAGCUCAUCAGCCGUCUGUGCGGGAGUCCCUGUCCUGCAGCCUGGCCCGACGUCAUUAAACUUCCACUCUUCAACACCAUGAAACCCAAGAAGCAGUACAGACGGCGGCUGCGGGAGGAGUUUGCCUUUUUACCUCCUCCUGCCCUGGACCUGCUGGACCGAAUGCUGACCCUCGACCCCGCACGGCGCUGCUCAUCGGAGACCGCUCUCAGUAGUGACUUUCUGAGUAACGUUGAGCCCAGCAAGAUGCCGCCGCCAGAUCUUCCUCACCAUCAGGACUGCCACGAGCUGUGGAGUAAGAAGCGACGACGUGCACGUCAGAGCGGGGUGCCCGAGGAUGUGCCUGCGCCCAAAGUGCCCCGUAAGGAGGCGACAGGGACCUCCAGUGGAGAGAACAGCCGGCCCCAAACCCAAAGCCCGGCUGGAGCCCCGCCGCCUCCUCCAGGAAAACCGCCCUCCACAGCCAUCUUAGAGAGUGAGUUGUCAGGCCUGGGAGUUGCUGCAGAGCAGUUGAACCAGACUGAGCUGGCGGUGCUGCUGAAUCUCCUCCAGGGACAGACGGACCUCAGCCUGCCCCAGGUGGCCCAGCUCCUCAACCUCUCCAACCCAGAGACUCUCAGCCAGUCGUUGUCUGCCCUCAGCGAGACCGCUGACCACCAGGGGGCUCCAGAGGACCAGGCCCAGCCUGCUGCCAGGUCCCAGCCCCCAGAGCCGCCUCCCGAACCCCAGGAACUCUCGCCGGCAUCCGGAGACCCGCCGCUCAGCCAGGAAGACCAGGCCAACCUGCUGGCUCUCAUUUUGGGCCACAUCAUCAAGCCGCAAACCGAGGAGCAACGGGAUGAGAGCAAUGGCGUCCAAUCAGAGGAGGCACUAAAGCGCGGUUCGUCCGCCUCUACUACUGAUCGCAAGGAUGGCGCAGCAUCAAAAAGGAAGGGGUCCAACCAGGUGCCUCCGUCCGGCGAGCAGCGUCCGCCCUCUCCACCCGGGCCACCUCCGUCAGCUCUCCUCCUUGGAAACGCCCAGCAGGCCGGGUCUGAGACCCAACCCAGCCAGGACAUCAGCCCCGCCGUGGCAGCUGCCUUGCUCCAGCUCAUCUCUCAGCGGGACUCGGAAGCCGGGGCCCCUCAGCGCAGCAAGGACCCGUCUCCUGCUGUGGACGCUGUGGCUGCAGCUGAGGCCCCAGCAGGACUGGGGACCGCUGCUCCUACCGCUGCAGCACAGUUCCCUAAAGACCAAGACCUCCGCUUUGCCCAUGGAGCUGCCCGCUGACCCUCAGUCCUCCCCCCCGGUGAGACAGACCUGGGCACCCUGGGGACGGCUCUGGCAAUCCUGGCCUGAAGGGAAACUCAGAGGGAAACCUUCAGAUUAGGACUCACUGGACCAUGAGCAGGUAGCUAAAGUUGAAUCAAAGAUGUUGAAUGUCUGAAAGAAAGAGAUUAAGGGCCUCUUCAGGUCACGAACAUCACUGCCCUCUGAACAAGCUGUGUUGUUUAGACCUGUGGUCGGUCUGACCUUUAACCAUCCAUGUAUCCCUUGCUCUUUCCUGUCAACUGAAGGUCCUGACUUGAAUGAAGUUUAGCUUCCAAUUUGAGUGCCGUGCAGCCGACACUCAACUUAGAAAGCAGCUGUGAUCUUUUUCUUUCUUCCCAAAACAAAUGAUUGUCAUGUCCACGGCAGUGCCCACUUUAGUAAUCUUCUUUUGGAAGGAUGAAGUCUUCCACUCUGUGAUGGGGUGGUGUCUGCGACAGUGUACUGUGUAUGGGUAUAUUUGCUACCGCUGGAGGACCAUGAGUUUCCCAUUGAACCUUACAUGCUGGAUAGCCCCCCCGUUUUCAGCUUUGUGCCUCCGUCGUGGCCCCAGCGACCCCUGAAUGAUCUCGGCCUAGUGGGGAAGUGUGGGUUAAGUUUCUGUUUUGGAUGGCACCUACAACAGUGUACAUCUGCAGGACUGUAUUUUUGUUUUUUUUUGUUUACCCAACUGUUUCAUAUAAUACCGUGUCUGUCAUCAACUCAGCUGAAUUUCAAUGUGUUCUCAACCCACAAACAACCUCUCUGUGUCCUAACAAGUACUCACCUUCCUGUCUCAAAAUAAGGAUGAAACCACUAUAUUACGACGGACUGCUCCAUAAUACACAUGCUACUCUGCUAGUUGAAGUAAAAAAGCUAGAAACAUAAUAUACACACACAGAAACUGACUCUUCCGGCUUUUCCUGGUGGGCUGUGAAAGCCUCGUCUAAUAUGUCGUCGCCUCCCUGCCAACUUGUGCAAUUUAGUUUUUUUUCGGUGCAUUUAUUUUCUACCUAAAGAAAAGGAUACACGCUUAAAAAAAAAAUAAUGGUCCAUGGUUCCGUUUCCUUUUUUUUUGCGUUGGAAAAGGAAGAGGAGGAGAAAAUGAUUUCAUGUGUCUGUAAAAAAGAAAAAAAUAUUUUGUAAUAUGUGUUUUCUUGGUUCAGUUUAUUAAAAGAAGUAAUGCGACCAGCUCAA